ACUAAUUUUCCCAAAUAGUUAGGAGUGUAAACAGAUGUAGAGAGGACAGAACCAUCCUUCGGCCCUUCGGUGUGAAUUUACGGUUUCCUAAAGGGAUAGUAAUUUAAAGAAAUAUUUCGAGGGAAGUGUGUGAAUGACAAUUGUGAGGUCCUCGACCUUGAGCAAGUCUGCAUAUAUCUAUGUAGGUUUGACUAUAACUUGGAUGGUACCGUCGUUAAUGCAAGGGUAUUCGGGAGCAAUCUGAAACGACCCCGAAUAGGUGUACGACCCUGAAAAGCGAUUUCAAAGGGUUGACUUUGUUUCGUUCUACGAUGGACAAAAAGUGCGCGUGAGCAACAACAAAUUGAAGCUCAGUGGGGUUUCUGGUGGAAGGAACUAGUAGUUGUAGCCAUCAAAAGUGUAAGCUACUCAUGCGCUAACCAGUUAUAACAGUUGCAACUAAAGGAGCAUUACUCCAGUGGAUCUUUGGGUUUAAGCGGGGAAAGACGGUUGUUUCAAGCAAGUUUUGACAGAGGAAUAACCAGUACCUUUAGGAUCAUUGGAUUGUGGAGAAAAAGGCGUUUUUUCGUCAAGGCAGUCAGGAGCUAUCUAAAAUACAUUCUGGACUGUUGCUCGAUGUAAGACUAUAUUUCAAGACUUAAGCAAGGGGACUGAAAAUGGAGGCAAUAUGAAUGUAAGCCCUAGGCCUACCUGACCAGGAGAAGGCAAGCAUUGAUUAUUGGCGAGAAAUUCAUUCUGAUUGAAAAAAGAUCAUAUCUUCCCUUACCCCCCCCCCCCCCUCCCCAAAAUGUCUACGGUUUACGAAAAGAUCGUUUCGGUCAUCUGCAAACCUCCAAGCCAGAGGACGGAUUUUGAAGCUCAGGAAAUAGUGCCGUGGUUUUUGACGAAAUCUCCAAUUUUUGCCUCGGUCAAACAAGAGAUCGUUAAAGACGUCAUCCGGCAAUGUGGGUUUCAGAGGUGUCAGAAAGAUGACGUCAUCAUUAAACAAGGAGACAACGGGGACACAUUGUACAUUGUCCUGAAGGGUGUGGUGUCCAUCUAUGUGAUUCAGGAUAAGGACAACAACGAGGAAGUUCUGGCGCAGGUCAACGCUACCUUGGAAAACCGCGUGCAUGACCUUGACCGCAGCGGACUUGGGCUCAAAGUCUGGACAACAGGCGAGGGCAAUGCCUUUGGAGAAAUCGCACUAAUAAAGCCCGACUGCAUCCGAACGGCUUCGGUAGUGAUCGAUGAAACCGCGGACCUGAUGGUGGUGGACCGGAACUUGUACAACCAGUCCGUCCGGGACGUUCUCGAGCAGGAGUUUAAAGCCAAAACCCGCUUUGUAGAGAACAACUCUCUCUUUCGGUCUUGGUCAGCACGCCACCGGAAGCAGCUAGCCAUCUCUCUGAGAAUGGAGCGCUGGGAAUUCGGUUCUCCUCUGAUCAGACAGGGCCAACCAGCCAACAGGGCCUAUUUCAUUCACAGUGGAGAAGUUGAAAUCAGCGUACACCCGGGACUUCACAAAUCUCAACUGCCAAAUAUGUGGGAGGAGAUGGAGACCAAACUUCCGGUACUCACAGAUAGUAUGAAGCCACCUCCCGGGAACAUUGCUCCACACGAGGAGAUGAAGCGACGGAAGAAUAACACAAGCAAACAACAAGAGAUCGGGCUGGUGGGAGAAAAUGAGUUUGUUGGCUGCCUGGAAUUCAGUCUCCGCCUGGACACUUAUGUGUACUCGGCCACUUGCACAGCGCCAACAGAACUGUUGGUUCUCAACAGAGAACAAUACGACAGGUUUUUUGAGAAACGCUACCCGGACACGAUUCCUGAAUUCCGGAAGCAGGUUGGCCUUCGAGUGGACUUGUAUCUACAGCGGAUACAGAAUGCGCCAUUGAUGGAGUACAUUUUGUUGUUGUUAGAAAACUCAUAUGUGCUAGGCAUGAUUGGGUCCAGAUCUGUUGGGCGGAAAUUUGAGGGGAACAACGUGACGACGAGAAGGUCACGAGGUCCGUCUGUUGGUGGCGCAGCUUCCUCCAACGCGGAAUCAGGGUCGUAUAACUCACUGAUGGACAAUCUACAGAGGCGGUACAUUAGCAAUCGGAUAUGUGAGCCCGACAACGAGACUGGGGAGUCCAGUCUCCAGAGGCUGGAAAGUCGGAUUGCUGAUUGGCUGGCGGCUAUGAAUGUCGGGAAGAAAAUGGAUGGACAGGCAAAAAUGGCUGCAGGAUCUGUGCAGAAGUUGAGGAGGUUUAAAGUAGGUGACGUCACAGAAACCCCGAGGCCAGGAAACAAAGUCAUCCAGUUGAAUGGAAAAUGACCCCAAGUGCUGACUGAAUCGGAAACGGAGAAGUCGGAAAGCGGAGGUGACGAGGUGACUUAUCGAC